UUAAAAAUGCAGUAACAAAACAUGAUGAAAACACAAAAACAGAGACAACAACAGCAUCAACAGAGUCACAUCACACUCUACACAGGUGGGUGGAUCGCAGCAUUGCCAGCAACAUGACAUCACCAUGGAAUAAGAUUCACAUUCACCACUCUCAUCCUUCCCCGCCACCGCCACCGCUACUCUCCGACUCCGACUCCGACGGCGGCGAUUCCUCUUCCUCCGCCCCCCUCCGCCACUCGGACCUCUCCGACUCCAUCUUUAAGCCCUACCUCGAACUCUCCGGCCACUCCGGCACCGACCUCUCGAAGAUCCAAUCCUUCCUAACCUCUUCCUCCGCCGGCGCCCUCUCGUGCCUGAUCUGCCUCGAACGCAUCAAACCCUCGGACCCCACCUGGUCCUGCUCCUCCCUCUGCUUCGCCGUCUUCCACCUCUUCUGCAUCCAGAGCUGGGCCCGGCAGGCCUCCGACCUCGCCGCCGCACGCGCCGUCACACGCCUUUCCAUCUCCUCCGCCAGCGCCUCCGACACCGCCCUCUGGAACUGCCCCAAAUGCAGAUCGGAAUACAACAAAUCACACAUUCCCAAAACCUACUUUUGCUUCUGCGGCAAAAUAGAGAACCCUCCCAAUGAUCCAUGGAUUUUACCUCACUCUUGCGGCGAGGUUUGUGGAAGACCGCUGAAGCACAAUUGCGGCCACCAUUGUUUGCUUCUCUGCCACCCCGGGCCGUGCCCCUCUUGUCCCAAACUGGUUAAAGUUCGAUGCUUUUGCGGGUGCCUUGAAGAUGUUCGACGAUGUGGCUUCAAGGAGUUUUCAUGUAAUAAACCCUGUUCCAAGUUUUUGGAUUGUGGGGUUCACCGUUGCAUUGAGCUUUGCCACCCUGGCGCUUGCCCUCCUUGCCGGACACGUGGCGUGUACACGUGCCGGUGUGGGAAGGUCAAGGAGGAGAGGGAGUGCUUUGAUCGUGGUUUUCAGUGUGAGAAUCCGUGUGAGAAGAGGCUUGGCUGUGGGAAGCAUGUUUGUGAGAGAGGGUGCCAUUCUGGUGAGUGUGGUGAGUGUCCCCUUAAGGGGAAGAGAACGUGCCCUUGUGGGAAAAGGGUUUAUGAAGGAAUGCCUUGUGAUGCUCCUCUGCAGCUUUGUGGGGCUACCUGUGAUAAGAUGUUGCCCUGCGGCUACCACAGGUGCCCUGAGCGGUGCCACCGUGGGCAGUGCGUUGAGACUUGCAGGGUUGUUGUGAAGAAGUCUUGUCGAUGCGGGAGCCUCAAGAAAGAUGUUCCUUGCUAUCAAGAUUUGGCGUGCGAAAGGAAGUGUCAGAGGAUGCGUGACUGCGGUCGACAUGCUUGUAAGCGCCGCUGCUGUGAUGGGGAUUGCCCUCCUUGCUCUGAGAUAUGCGGCAGGAAGCUUCGAUGUAAGAACCAUAAAUGUCCUUCUCCAUGCCAUAGAGGUCCUUGUGCUCCUUGCCCAAUAAUGGUGACAAUUUCAUGUGCAUGUGGAGAGACACGUUUUGAGGUUCCAUGUGGUACUGAAAUGGACCAAAAGCCACCUAGAUGUCCUAAGCCAUGUCCUAUCACUCCUUUAUGCCGGCAUGCAUCAAAUAUCAAGCCACAUAAAUGCCAUUAUGGAGCCUGUCAUCCUUGUCGCCUACCUUGUGCCGAAGAGUACCAAUGUGGUCAUACAUGCAAAUUAAGGUGUCAUGGUGCUAGGCCUCCUCCUAAUCCAGAGUUUUCUCUUAAACCAAAGAAAAAGAAGGUUAUACAACAAAGUGAAGGUGUUCCUGGCACUCCAUGCCCUCCUUGCCCAGAACUUGUGUGGAGAUCAUGUGCUGGGCAACACAUUGGAGCUGAGAGAAUGAUGGUCUGCUCUGAUAAAUCACAGUUCUCCUGUGAAAAUUUAUGUGGUAAUCCUCUACCAUGUGCUAAUCAUUAUUGUACAAAAACCUGCCAUGCCUUGGAGAACCAGUUACAAGGGAGCGAACCUUGUGAAGACUGUUAUCUUCCUUGCCAAAAGGAAAGAGAGCCAGCAUGUCCACAUCACUGCCCUAGGCGAUGCCAUCCUGAAGACUGUCCUCCAUGCAAGGUGCUCAUUAAACGGUCAUGUCACUGUGGUGCGAUGGUCCAUGUGUUUGAGUGCCUAUAUUACAACAGCUUGUCUGCAAAGGGUCAAGAGACUGUCCGUUCAUGUGGUGGGCCAUGUCACAGAAAGUUGCCAAAUUGUACACAUCUAUGCCCAGAGACAUGUCAUCCUGGUCAAUGCCCAAAUGCUGAGAAAUGCUGUAAAAAGGUCACUGUUCGAUGCAAAUGCAAAACAUUGAAAAAGGAGUGGGUUUGUCAAGAUGUUCAAGCAGCAUAUCAUCUUGCUGGUUGCCAUCCAAUGGAUAUUCCAAAAAUUCAAUUUGGAGUUGGACUCAUUCCUUGCAAUUCUGAUUGUCAGAGUAAAGUGCAGGUUGUUGAGUCAGAACUACAGUUACGUAAAACUAGAGUUACAGAGGUGCAAGAGCCAGAUGCAGAAAAAUCAGUUCGGAAGCGGCGAAAAAGGCGGGAACAGGUUCUAGAAUCCAAGGAAGCAUCAAAACUACAGAAAAUUAUUUCCAGAAUGAAGCGGUUUCUUCUAUUUGUCUUUAUUUUGGUCAUACUUCUUGCUGCUACAUAUUAUGGGUACAAGGGACUUUUAUGGCUCAAUGAUUGGAUGAAUGAAGUGGACGAACGAAGACAAAUAUAUUCUCGAAUCAAAUGAUUAUUUAUCAGUCUGAUUACAUUAUAUUUCUUCCCUGUCAAUGAGGAUAUAUAGUGCAUUUAAUUCAAUAUGGUUUGAUGCUUUCGUUAUUUUUUCGAAGACUAGGAAAUCACUGCAUCAUUUAAUAGAUAUUCAGUCACGUCGAGAGUUUCCCAAAGUUUCAAAAUGGGAAGCCAAGGUUAAAUAAAAUUUUGGCUGAAUAUUACGAUUGUUUUUGUCUAAAUAAAUCGGCUUUUAAAUUGCA